UCCGGUUCGAGUUGGGUCAGCCCCGGGGUUCUGCGCUCUCGUGCCCGCUGUCCGUGGGUCCGGACACUCAUCGGACCGGACAGACAGCAACAGCCACAGCCCUGGGCGGCACCCAGCACCCCUCUGCUCGCAUCAGGCCUCCGUCGGUUUCCAUCCAGGUGGUUCCAUCAUGGAUGAAACUGUGGCUGAGUACAUUCGAAGAACUGUGCUAAAAAUCCCAAGGGAUGAAAUCAAGAUGUUGCUGCAGAAAUGGGGCUUUCUCUCUGAGGCACAGCUGAGGACUCUAAAUUUCCACCAGAUAAAGGACAACAUUUCUCGAGAAGUUGUUCAGCUCUGUGAGGAAAAUUCUGCAGACAUAAAGCAAGCAGCGGUUCUAGACAUAAUUUACAACCAUGUCUACCAAAACAAAAGAAUGUGGAAUGUUUACCAGAUGAAAAAAUCAGGAGAAGACUUGGAAUAUUUUGACAUAACAGAUUUCAAAAAAACAUUUAAAGGAAGGCUUCGGUCAGCCUUGAAAAAUGUCACCAUCACCUUUAAGGAAUAUGAGGAUAAUGCAAUCUGGAUUAGAGUUGCCUGGGGAACACCAAAUAAAAAACCAAACCAGUAUAAGCCCAGCUAUGUUGUGUACCAUUCACAGACUCCCUAUGUCUUCAUUUCUACCUCAGUCCUGAAGAGCACCUUGCCUCUGCUGUGUCAGGCCCUGAUGGUUGCUUCCAAUUACCAUGACAUCCGUGAAAUGGAGCUUCGAAGUCAUUCUUUAAACUCCCUUAAAGAUAUUGUAUUUAAGAGAUAUAGCCAGAACUUCCAAACUCACAGUCCAAAACCUGUGGAAGGAGGGAAUGUAGAACCAGAAAAAGCAGAUAUAAGGAUAGUUGAAGAAAACAAAAGUGAGAAAGAAAGAAUUCACAGACUGAACCAGGAAGUUUUUGGCAGUGGUCCCUUACCAAAACUUGAAUUUGCACAAUACAGGCUUGAGACAAUGUUUAAAAGUGAUCCUAAAAUGGAUGUUUUGGAUAAAAAAGAACCAUUCAGAUGUUUGGUCAAGUUUUCUAGUCCACAUCUCUUAGAAUCACUGAAAUCCUUGGCACCAGCAGGUAUGGCUGAUGCACCACUUUCACCGCUUCUUACAUGUAUACCACAUAAAGCUAGGAAUUAUUUUAAAAUUAGAGAGAAAAAAGGUUUAUUUCCAGAAGGUUUUGUGAGCCCUUAAUUUAAAACUGAUUCAUAGAGAAAUAUGCAAUAUAUGAAAUUUAAAUGUUACCACUGCUCUUAACUGUAUUUUUAAUACUAUUUAUGAAGCUAAUAAAGACACAAUAAUAGCUGUAGCUAUUUUCUUUGCUAUCAUAGCUGUAGAUAGCUACAAUACUGCAGUUGGCCAUUCAUAUUUUGCACAGAACACCUGCCCUGUUUGGAAGAGGGAAACAGUCCCAUGCAAAAGGAGAGGGGAUCUCUGGCUGCAGCUCAGGCACAUUUUUAUCUAAGCUGAUAAAUUGUAUUCAAAGACUAUUUCAGGGCAUAGGGAGGAAUGGACUUUGAGAAUAUAGAUGUCAGUGAGAGGCUUCUAUCCAGUUUUAGGAGGUAUUAAUUCAGCUUCCAAAGUCUUUCUCACCAAGGGCAACAGCCAGUAACAAAUACUCGAAAAUCUGCCUGUCACUAUUAAUGUCUUAGGAAACUUUAUGUUGGAAGAAUACAUUGAAAGAGGCAAUAUUUUCUUUUGAGGAAGGUACAUAUUUACAUAUUUUAGAACAUCUCAAUUAAUUAAUAUUUGAUCCUUCUGACAUUCUUGCCCAUUGCCACUGUUUUUUAUGCUUGGGGACAAAGAUUAUGGAAUCAAGAUGUCAAUAGUCACUAAUGCAAACAGCUUUGCAUUGGCGUUCUUUAGAGUUGGUAAACAUUGGCAAUUGUAUAGAUAUUUUCUGCUUUGUUUUUUUGAUUCAUUUAAAUGAAUUUUGAUUCAUUUAAAAUGUACAAGUUUUUGUUUUUAAUUGUUAUCUGGAUUGUUUUGUGUAUAUUUGGUGUAUGUAGAAUUCUAAUAUACUUUUAGUAUCUCAGUGUGCAGAAGCAGCUGUAUGUCCAGAGGUUGUAUGGGCAUGUUUUUGU